GGUGGUGGGUAGGGGGGAGAUGACGGUGGGCGUCACGUCUGCGGGUCUCUAGCGCUGUCGUCAAAACAAGUCGGGAGCAAGUGCACACACACACACACACACACACAUAGCGCUCGAGCGAUGCCAGGGGUAACCAAGUACAAUUUAGUGGAUGACGUGCACGACCUGAGGACCCCCAUGCACAACGAGGAGGUGUUCAACCAUGGGCUCUGCUUCGAGGCGAAGAAGGGACGCCCCCCCUUUGAACUUUCCUCUUACAUUGUGCAGUACAUUGGCAGUUUGGAGGUGGGUCGUCCCGGGAGUCGAAUGGAGAUCGUCGCCGCGAUGAGGAGAAUCAGAUAUGAAUUCAAACUGAAGAACAUUAAGAAAAAGAAGGUCAACAUCGUCGUGUCCACCGAUUAUGUCAAAGUAAUUUUACGCAAAAAGAAGAAGAGAAAAGGGUGUUCAUGGGAUGAGAAUACCUUCCUGGUGACACAGGAUCCCAUCUACAGGAUCUUUUACGUCUCGCAUGAUGCUCACGACUUGAAGAUCUUCAGUUAUAUAGCGAGAGAUGGACAGACCAACAGUUUUCGCUGCAAUGUGUUCAAGUCAAAGAGGAAGUCUCAGGCCAUGAGGAUCGUGCGGACGGUGGGUCAAGCGUUUGAUGUGUGUCACCAGCUGACCCUGCAGCAGAAAAGCGAUGACCAGGAGGAUGAGGAGGGUAAGGACGAGGAGUCGGAGGCCGUGCCAGCAAAGAAGAGGUUUGCACCGUCGGAGGAGACGGACCUCGACGCCACCACAGAGGAGAGCAUCGAGUGCCUCUCUUCGUCGGACCCGGAGAAGAGCAGAAAAGAUGAGGCCCUCGGUAACGAUGUGAAGGCGUCUGAUGACCGGUCUCUUCUGCUGGGUUCUCCCAUCCUUGGAGCCUCAGUGUCGGGUCAGUUGGUGACAGAGGCUCCCUGCUCUGCAGAGCACCAGGUCCUGCUCCUUCAGAGGCAACUGCAGCAGCAGGAGCAGCAGGCGCAGGCAGCUGCAGCACAGGUUCAUGUGCUCCAGGAGCAGCUGUCGGUGGAGGCGUGUGCGCGGACCGACGCCCAAGCCAGAGUGCAGAGGCUGCUGCAGCAGAACACCGACCUGCUGCAACACAUCUCGCUGCUGGUCAAACAGAUCCAGGAGCUGGAGCUCAAAGCCGCGGGCCAGUUAACAUCCAUGGGCUCGCAGGACAGUCUUCUGGAGAUCACUUUUCGCGCCAAGCCCACCCAGCGUGAACCACUCACGUCUUCUUCAUCCGUGGGCCCUUUGGCCCCUCCGGCCCACCUCCACAUCAGUGACAGUGCCUGGGUCUCUGCCCUCCCCAGCCCCUGCUCUCCGGGCACCAUGGGCACCGACACCAGCCCUCUGGGUCUGAGCGGCAGCGGAGUGCGACUGGAGUGUUUCCGCUUCUCCAACCGGGGUCCCGACUGCCAGGAGCAGGGCCAGGACUCGGGGGAGACUCCCAGCAACGAAGGCCCGGAUGACAUCUCACUCCUGGGGGAGCAGGUCCUCGGCGCCCUGGAGCUGCUUCGGUUUAGGGAGUCAGGGAUUGGAUCAGAGUACGAAUCAAACACAGAUGAGAGCGACGAUCGGGACAGUUGGGGACAGGGCGAGGGCGUGGGGGCAGAUGGUGCUGCUCGACUCUUAAACGUGCUGAAUGCAGAGACUCUGUCGGACUGCUUAGGGGAUGAGAUGGCUGUGUAGUGGUGCUCGCUAACCCUAACCCAUCCUAAUUGUACAUUCAGAACCUGAAAGGACUUCAUCACCCAGAAAUCGUGUAUUAUGAUUAAACAGUGUCUCUUUUCAGGUAUAUAUUAUGGCUGGUACCUGCAGAGCGUGCGUAGUCUUCAAUUUGAACUUUAAGUGUUGAUUUGUGUUUUCACGGAGAAAACGUCACACUUGGUGGAACUCAAAAGUCAAUAAUAAGAACAGAAAUGCUGAAAAUAUAAUUGAAAUAUUACAUUUUUUGUCCUAAAAUUCAGAAUGACUCGAUUACGACAUUAAAGAAACCACUGAUAAAAUAUGAAAAAUCUUUAUGACACAUCACCUAUGACUGACUGAAGUUAGUAAGGGCAUGUUCAAUGACGACAUCUCACAUCGGAAUAAUAAUAUAACAAGCAAGUAUUGAUAAUCGUUGUCCACAGAAGCAGCAUUAAAACAUAAAGAUGUUUACCAAAUCCAGCUUACUCUUGUCAAACCUUUAAGGUCUUUAUCUCAUUCAUUUAAAUAAGAGUCUGCAGUCACGACUGAUGUUCAUCAUGUUCACUAUCCUACUUUAGGGAUGUGUGAACAUGCUAACAUUUGCCAAUUAUCACUAAACAAUGUGCAACUGAGGCGGACGUCAUGAGUUUUACAGGUACAAGGUCAUAAACUUAAAAAAUCGACUAAGAGAGAAAUGUAUCAAUCCAGUCAGCGGUUAACUCUGCGUGAGCUGCACACGAGCCUAUACACUGGACAUGACUUGCUGUCAUUUGUUAACAACAAAAAAGCUAUAAAAAAAAAAAAUUUGACACAAUGCAGCUUUUAUCAAAACUGUCAGAUAGUUUAAACACUGUGGUGUUUCUCGCUUUCUGCCUCUUGAUAUGUGUGUUAUAUAUGUGCGUGUGUGUGUGUGUAUCAGUCUGAUGACAGUUGUACCUCACAUACGUAUACGUACAUACGUUUGGCUCGCGGACUCUGUGCCCUUGCCGCUCGCUGGGCUCGUUGCACCGUGUUUGUGUCUGUGUUUAUGAUUUUCUUGACACAUCAGGCAAGGACAAGGUCGUGUGACCCCUGAUUCAAAAAGAAAAGACUCCUUUGCCAAAUCUGUCUUGAAACGCUAACACUUUUUUGUUUGGUGUUGUUGGAGUGUGAAAAAUGAAACCUCGCUUUGCAUUGCUAUGACACUUGUGAAUUUCCACAUGGGUUUAUAAAUGAGCAUGUAUCCGU